GAGUUUGUGAGAGUCCUCGGUGGAGGAGGUUGGAAAGCGUUCUCCCUCCCACAAAACCCGGUGCAGAGGGAGGGAGCGCCAGGUCCGUAGCGUGGGUCCAAGAAACUCUAUGGAUCCUGGAAAAGCCUUCCAUUAUUCAACAGUUAUGAACAAGGACUAUCAAAUAUUUUGGCCAUCACCUUCAGAUCCUGUACGUUUUGAAGUGGAUACUUCUCAUGAAAAAGUAGAAAGCAUAUCAGAAUCGGAUACCAUGAAUGUCAGCAAUCUUUCUCAAGGCAUAAUGCUUUCAGAUUCUCCCAUCUGUAUGGAAACCACCAGUACCACUUGUGACUUGCCUCAGAAUGAAAUAAAGAAUUUUGAAAGGGAAAAUGAGUAUGAAUCCACACUUUGUGAAGAUGCUUAUGGCACACUAGACAAUUUGUUAAAUGACAACAACAUUGAAAAUUACUCAAAGAAUGUACUAACUCAGCCAGUUGACACCAUCAGCAUAUCUUCCUUGAGACAAUUUGACACCGUUUGCAAAUUUCACUGUGUAGAAGCAUUUGAUGAUGAAAUGACAGAGAAACCAGAAUUUCAAAGUCAAGUGUAUAAUUAUGCAAAAGGCAACAAUAUAAAGCAAGACUCAUUUAAGGAAGAAAAUCCAAUGGAAACUAGUGUUUCUGCAAGUACAGACCAACUUAGUAACGAGUCUUUUAGACAGCCUCCUCCUAGAAGCCCGCCUCUAAUCCCCUGCAGUGGAGAGACCCUGAAAUUUCCAGAAAAAUCACUGGCUAAAAGUACUGCCAAGGAAUCUGCCCUCAACCCUAGCCAACCUCCAAGCUUCGUGUGUAAGGAAAGUACUGCAGUUCCUUCGAAAGAAAUACAGAAUUAUGGGAAGAUUCCUGAGAUGUCAGUCAGUUAUGCAAAGGAAGUCACAGCAGAGGGUGUGGAGAGGCCAGAAAUUGUCUCAACUUGGUCUUCGGCGGGCAUCUCCUGGAGGAGUAAAGCAUCUCGGGAGAACUGUGAGAUGCCUGACAUGGAGCAAAGUGCUGAAAGCUUACAACCUGUUCAAGAGGACAUGGCUUUAAAUGAAAUCUUGAAGAAAUUAAAACAUACUAACAGAAAGCAGGAGGCGCGAAUCCAAGAACUCCAGUGUAGUAACCUGUAUUUAGAGAAGAGAGUUAAAGAACUACAGAUGAAGACUACCAAACAGAAAGUGUUCAUUGAUGUCAUCAAUAAGCUAAAGGAGAAUGUUGAAGAAUUAAUUGAAGACAAAUACAAAAUAAUCCUAGAGAAAAAUGAUACUAAAAAGACAUUGCAGAAUUUGCAAGAGAUUUUAGCUAACACCCAAAAACAAAUUCAGGAAUCCAGGAAUGACAAUGAAAUGUUACAGCUUCAAUUUAAGAAGAUCAAGGCUAAUUAUGUGCGUUUACAGGAAAGGUACAUGACCGAAAUGCAACAAAAAAAUAAAUCUGUAAGUCAGUAUUUAGAGAUGGACAAAACCUUAAGCAAGAAAGAGGAAGAGGUAAAGAGACUACAACAACUCAGAAAAGAGCAGGAAAAGGUCACAGCUUCUGCUCUGGACUUGUUGAAACGGGAAAAAGAGACCCAGGAGCAAGAGUUCUUGUCUUUACAGGAGGAAUUCCAGAAACGUGACAAGGCAAACCUGGAAGAAAGACAGAAACUGAAAUCUCGACUUGAGAAAUUGCUCACUCAGGUUAAAAAUUUACAAUUUACGUCUGAAAAUGAAAGAGCUAAGAAUAUAAAACUUCAGCAGCAAAUCAACGAAGUAAAAAAUGAGAAUAAAAAACUUAAACAGCAGGUUGCAAGGAGUGAAGAGCAAAAUUAUGUCCCUAAAUCUGAGACAGCUCAGUUAAAGGAGCAAUUAGAGGAAGUCAUGAAGUCAGAUAUUACCAAGGAUACAACAACGACACAUUCUAAUCUGCUCCUGGAUUGCUCACCUUGUGAAGAAGAGAGCCUGAAUCCUGCAGAUAUAGAAAGAUCUUCUCAACUGGCCUCCAAAAUGCACAGUCUUCUGGCUCUGAUGGUGGGACUUCUCAAGUGCCAGGACGUCACCAAUUCUGAUGCCGAACAUUUCAAAGAGAGUGAGAAGGUUAGUGAUAUAAUGCUGCAAAAAUUGAAGAGCCUCCAUCUUAAAAAGAAAAAUUUAGAUAAAGAGCUACUGAAACAUAAAGAUAGAAUCACAACCUUUAGAGAUUUAAUUGCUAAGGAAAAAGCAUUUCAAGAUCAUGCUAUUAAGGUCACAGACUGUGACUCAGAUGAAGCCAAGACUAUCAGAGAUGUACCUACCUUUCUGGGAGCCAAACUGGAUAAGUACCACAGUCUAAAUGAGGAGCUUGAUUUCUUGACAACCCUAUAUGAGGAAAUGCGAGUGUGUGUUCGGGAGCAGAGGCUCUCCCUUUCCCAAUCUCGUUUGACCCAUUUGGAAAAGAGAAAUAAACAUUUAGAGGAUUUAAUUAGAAAGCCCAGAGAAAAAGCCAGAAAACCAAGAUCGAAAAGUUUAGAAAAUCAUCCAAAGUCCAUGACUAUGUUAGCAUAUUAA